GUUAAUAUACCUGGGUUCCUGCCUGGAGGUAUUGGUGAUCCACGGCUACCAGGCACGGAAGCCCGUUAAGCGAAAGCUUCUUCUAUUCUGUCCACAACCAUUUGAACCAUUUGAUAUUGUUAACUGACUGACGCGGAAUACACUAGUCAUUGACCUUGACAUCUGUAUUACUGUAUUUUGUUUCUUACGUUUCGAGUUUUAGGCUGCAUAUUUCCCAUAUAUUCAGCUUGACACCUUCGUGUUUCCAGCACUCAAAGAAGAAACUAUUGCAGAUUGAAGUUCAUUAUGUGGAAGUCCCUGACUUUCUCGCUAUCAUCAGCCUUCAGUCUCGUUCGUUGCGCUUCAACUGCAGCGGAAUCAGCUCCACUUAUGAAGACCUUUUCCAUUUACAGAUGGAACCCAGAUAAACGUGGCGAAAAACCCACUAUGCAAAAUUACCAAGUCGAUCUUAAUGAUUGUGGACCCAUGGUCUUGGAUGCUUUAAUCAAGAUAAAGAAUGAACAGGAUCCUACUCUGACAUUUCGACGUUCUUGCCGUGAGGGCAUAUGUGGUUCUUGUGCAAUGAAUAUAGAGGGUCGUAAUCACCUUGCCUGUAUAUGGGAAAUAGAUCCAGAUGUUAGCAAGACAACUAAAAUAUAUCCAUUGCCUCAUAUGUACGUAAUUAAGGAUCUAAUUCCAGAUAUGAAUAAUUUUUAUGCUCAGUACCGUUUUAUUGAGCCUUAUUUAAAGAAAAAGAAUGUGUCUGAAGAAGAUAUUGGGAAAAAGACUUAUUAUCAGUCAGUGGAAGAUAGAGCAAAGUUAGAUGGACUUUAUGAAUGCAUUUUGUGUGCCUGUUGUUCUACUUCGUGUCCAUCUUAUUGGUGGAAUGGUGAUAAGUAUUUGGGUCCCGCUGUUCUACUUCAGGCUUACAGAUGGUUAGUCGAUUCACGUGAUGAUUAUACGUAUGAACGUUUGGCUGAGUUCCAGAACAAGUGGUCACUUUAUCGAUGUCAUACUAUUAUGAAUUGCACAGAAACUUGCCCAAAAGGAUUGAAUCCUGGUUUGGCUAUUGGAGAGAUUAAGAAAAUGCUAAUCUAUUUCAAUCAGUAUAAACACAAGAAACCGGAGACGAGAACUGUCUAGACCAUAUGAUCUCAUUAAUCACGUAUUUUCUCGAAUUCGGUUAACUUACCGACUAUUUAUAGUGAAUCCCCAUUAAUUUUCUCCAAUUUCUAAUUUAACUUAUAAAUAAAACUUUUUUUGUUGUCGAAA